AUGAGUAAGUUGGAUACAAGUAUCAACUUUCAAACGGAUCAAAACGUUCAUAUUACUAAGGCGUAUAGCAAUUAUAAAAAGUCUCCGAAGGAGCGGAUUACCGUCGCAUACGUCGAAACUAGACUGGAAAGCUUGGAAACACUAUGGGAACAGUUUUCGCGUAUGCAUAUGCAGAUCAUGAUGUUACCAGAGCAAGAGUUAUUGAAAAACACUGCAUAUAUGAAGAACGACGUGUAUGAGGCGACCAACGAGUUAUACAUGGAUUAUAAAUGCGAACUGAAGAACGUUUUGAGCAAGCUAAAGGCAAUACCCAGCAAUGCUAGUCCCAUGUUGCCAAAUACAUCCACAUCAAAAUCAAGUCACGUGAAGCUUCCAAAGAUCACUAUACCAACAUUUUCGGGAAAGUACGAGGAAUGGACGGGAUUCCGGGAUUUGUUUAUUUCUCUCAUCCACAAAAACAAGGACAUAGACGAUAUUCAGAAGCUUCACUAUCUGAAGGCGCAUUUGGCAGGCGAGGCGGAGCAGCUUCUUAGGCAUAUACCUAUUUCUAGUGAGAGCUAUGUGCAGUGUUGGACCCAGAGACAUCACUCGCUUUUACAUCAAAAAGGGGAUUCACAAGCCAAUGAGGGAAAAGAGACAGCGUCUGGUCAAACUGUGGCACAAGUUCAUACACAGAAUGUGUCAACGAUAGAACCUACACCGGGAACCAGCGUUUCAAAUCACUUCGUGAAUGAAGUAUCACAGCACGGGUUACUGGCUACCGCGGUUGUAAGAGCCAGAGCAUGGGAGAAGGAGGAGAGUCAUCUAAUAAGGGCCCUGAUAGAUCCGGGUUCCGAAGUUUCAUUUGUAUCGUCAGCUACUGUUCAGUUACUUGGGUUAAAGCAAACCCCAGCUAAGGUUUCAGUGACAGGAUUACGAGGGCAGCUGAUUACAGUUUUGAAGUCUAUCGUUCAAAUAACGAUUUCAUCACGAUCUGACACCAACAGUGCCAUCGAGGUUACGGCAUUUGUAGUCGACAAGGUUACAUCUAAUCAACCCUCAACAAAGGUGUCCAUUACAUCCUGGCCUGAGUUACAAACCGUUGAGCUAGCAGACCCUGAAUAUCACACGCCAAAUAAAAUAGACAUGCUGUUAGGAGCAAAGGUCUAUGCACGGAUCAUCCAACCAGGUUUAUUCAAAUCUCCCCAAGAGACUACAGUGGCACAAAAGACGUCAUUGGGGUGGAUUUUAUGUGGAGAAACAGGUUUACAGGCGAACGUCUCAUGCAAGCUAGUGAGCUUGCACACACAGGUGGAUCAGUUGCUGAGGUCUUUUUGGGAACUUGAGUCAGAACCUAGCAACAAACAACGAAUCUUGACACCUGAAGAACAAAGAUGUGAGGAAAUAUAUGAAGCGACAACUACACGAGAUGAGGCGGGCAGAUACGUUGUUAGAUUACCGUUCAGGGAUCAGCAACCAACUUGUGUAGAUGGUGGGUCCAGAGAGAUUGCGUUGCGUAGGUUUCACUCUCUGGAAAGGCGGCUUCAAAACGACGAGCGUCUGGAAACAGAAUACACAAAGGUGUUCCAUGAAUAUAGGGACUUAAAUCACAUGGAACCUUUGACAGAACAAGAAUCUAAAGAAAAGGGGUUAUACUUACCUUACCAUGCUGUUGUACGGGACGAACGGGAAACUACUAAGGUGCGCAUUGUCUUCGAUGCUUCAUGCAAGGGCACAAACGGGGUGUCCUUAAACAACGACCUUAUGGUUGGCCCUACAUUGCAGCCAGAGUUGAGGCACUUAAUCAUGCGUUGGCGGAUGCAUCCAAUUGUUUUCAUUGCCGACAUCGUCAAGAUGUACAGGCAAGUAUUAGUGGACAACAGGGACACUAAGUACCAACGCAUCUUGUGGAGAGAAAACAAUAAGGAAUCUGUAAAAGAGUACAAGUUAAAUCGAGUUACGUUUGGGGUCUCAUCAGCUCCAUACUUAGCUGUCAAAACAUUGAUUCAAGUAGCCUUAGAUGAGAGUGCAGACUUCCCGCUUGCAGCUAGUAGAAUACGCAAGGAUUUUUAUAUGGACGACCUGAUGUCAGGUUGCGAGUCCGAGCAAGAGGCAAUAGAGAUCUAUCACCAAAUGAAGACAAUAUUGAGCAAAGGAGGCUUUGAGCUUCAAAAAUGGUCAAGCAAUAGCAAAGCUAUGCUAGAAGAAAUCCAAGAAAGUAUAGCAAGGAAAGAAGAGCAUAAGAAGAUAGAGAUAAAGCAAGAAGAAGUAAAUAAAAUCUUAGGACUUACCUGGGAUCGAAGUCGGGAUCAAUUUGCUUAUACGGUCCAGUUACCUUCUCCAACAGCACCUGUAACUAAAAGAAAAGUUACAUCGGACAUCGCGAAGCUAUAUGAUCCUCUAGGGUGGAUAGCUCCUAGCAUAGUGACAGCGAAAAUGUUCAUUCAGAAGCUGUGGUUGGCGGGUAUCGAAUGGGAUCAAGAGCUGCCUUCCCCAUUGCUGGAAGAAUGGUUAAGCUAUAGGGAAAGCUUAUCACAACUUACCAAAUUUAGACUUCCACGUUGGACAAAUCACAGUGCUGACUCAGCUUUAGUUGAACUGCAUGGUUUCAGUGACGCGUCAAACGCUGCAUAUGCCGCUGUGGUGUAUUUACGUGUUAUUGACGCAGAAGGGUUGAUACACGUCAGUUUGGUAUCAUGCAAAACAAAGGUCUCACCAAUCAAACAAAUUUCGAUUCCUCGGUUGGAAUUAUGCGGAGCAGUCUUACUAGCAAAGCUGUUGGUUGAAGUUUCUGACGUGUUAGAAGUAGACAAAACAAAUAUACACGCGUGGACAGACUCUGAAGUAGUACUGGCAUGGUUAAGCAGUCAUCCAAGCAGAUGGAAGACUUUUAUAGGAAAUAGAUGCUCGGAGAUCUUAACAGCUACUUCUCGGAGCCAGUGGUCGCACGUGAGAUCAGAGCAAAAUCCAGCCGAUUGUGCAUCAAGAGGGAUUUCUGCAUCUGAGUUAGGAAACUUUGAACUUUGGCUAAACGGACCGGCUUGGCUAAAACAAGACGUGAUCAAUUACAAGGCUUCAAAGUCAGUAAGUACUCAGCUAGAGGAAAGGAAAGUACAUACUCACCUUGAAACUGUGAUAACCUCAUCAGACAGUGAAGAUCCUUUAUGGUCGAAAUAUUCUUCACUCACUAAGUUGUUGAGAGUUGUUGCAUACUGCCGAAGAUUCCUGAAAAAUAAAAGAAAAAGUCAUACUUACCUGUUGAAGAGUGAAAUAGAGGAAGCUUUAGCAAUCAUGGUGAAAAAGAAUCAGCAACAAGCAUACGCGGAAGAAAUCGAAGAAAUUAAGAAAGGUAGGCUAAAGAAGAAAAGUCAACUUACCUCAUUCACUCCCUUUCUCGACGAUUUGGAAAUAAUCCGUGUUGGUGGGCGGCUCCAGAGUGCAGACAUGACAUACGAUCAAAAGCACCCAAUGUUGUUACCGAAGUCAGCGUGGUUGACACCGCUUAUUCUUCAAGAUGCGCAUGUUAAAACUUUACAUGGAGGAGCGCCUCUGAUGGUUAAUUAUAUUAGGGCUAAGUUCUGUAUACCAGGUCUUAAGAACUUGGUUAAAAACCACGAUUUCUGGCGGCGCUGGUCCCAGGAAUACUUAAAUCAGUUCCUCCAAAGACAUAAGUGGACUCAACAAACUCCGGAACCCAAGAUAGGCGAUGUAGUUCUGGUAAAAGAGCCUGAUUUGCCACCUACCAGAUGGCUCCUCGGUCAAGUGGUUGAAACACAUCCAGGUUUGGACAAGAUGUCGCUGUACCGACCGUAA